AUGAUAUUCAUCUGGGUUUUACUUUUAUUUCCUGGUAUAUUUCCAAGUAUUCAUACUCUAUCAUGUAUCAACUUCGAAUAUACAGUAAACGUACCUAUUAAUACAUUUGAUCGAAAUGCAUUCAAAGUGUUACUUGAUGGUUAUGAAAUGGAUGCAGAUUAUUCUGAAUGUCGUCUGCAAAUGGCAGUUGUUUAUCCUCAGGAAGUACUACAAAUAAAGUUUAGUAAAUUGAUUCCAAAGACAACCAUCUCAGUUGGUAGUGUUACGUUUCGCACCUUAGUAAGAUAUAUCAAUGAAGAUAACACAAUGAUUGCACAUAUUUUAAUAUCUGCAUGUUCAAGCUCUGACGGUUGUGAUAAACAAUUUACACUCGACCAUGUUGAGUGGCUUGUUCGAAUGAAGUAUGAUGACUUCUCCAAAAUUAGUUUUCAACUGCUUUUUGGUGAAGAUGAUAAGAUACAGACAUGCGAUCGUCUCCAAUGCGGCAAUGGUUUUUGCGGUGCUCAGUGGACACACAUUGAAACCGAUAUUAUUCAAAGAUGUAGUAAUAUACCACAAGCUCAAUUUCAGGUUCGAAAUGAUUUUAAUCUCAAUACUCGCGAGGAAACUGCAACUUAUGGUUACUUUUGUGGUUAUGAUCAAUGCAAUAGCUUAGAUGUUAUAUCAAAAUUGCAAGCGAAUAUCAAAGAAAACUACAAUAUUUUACCCCUGCGUAAAUUUCUAGGUUUUCACAACGAAUCUGAUGAAUCUAUGGCAACUACAAGCUCGACACUCAAUAUCACAUUUUCUCAAUAUUUGAUUGAAAAUAUGUCAAACGAGUCCUCACCGUCUUUGGAAGAUACAACUGCAACACAUUUAUCUAUGAUAACCAAUUCAUCAGUAAUGACGAAGCCAACUUCUACACUUGUUACAACAAAAACUAACGGCUGUACCACAUGGCAACUUCAGAAAACAAAUAUUAUAAUGAGUUUGAAUGCAAUGAUAAUCUUAUUAAUCAUUUAUUAA